AUGUUCAUAUUACCAAUUGGAAAAGACCCAAUAACCAAUCUUUUCUACACUUCAAUUGGCAUAGGAACACCUCAACAUAACUUCUUGGUGCGUGUGUGUGGUCAAGCAGUGAAACACUUGGGUUUUGAGAGUGUGCUCCUCUCAAGGUCUAAAACUGCAUCGGUUGCACCAUUUGGAGCAUGUUUUGAUUUAAGCAAUAUUGGUAGGACUAAAACUGGAUUGGAUGUGCCUACUAUUGAUUUGGUGCUAGAAGGGGGUGUUGAGUGGACAAUUUAUGGUGGAAAUUCAAUGAUAUUGGUGAAUAAAAAUGUUGCAUGUCUUGGAUUUGUGGAUGCUGGUAAAGAGCCAAGAACAGCUGUUGUUAUAGGUGGACACAUAUUGGAGGAUAAUCUAUUGGAGUUUGAUUUAGUUUCUUCUAAAUUACGAUUCAGUUCUUCACUCCUCCUUCAUAAUGCAAGAUGUUCCAAUUCAGAAGCUAUUUGA